CUGGGUGACGGGUGUCUCUGCUUAGACCCGGCUCUGUGAAGGCUAAUGCAGACACUUGUGUGUCUAUGUAAUCAUUUCUCUAAUUAUUAUUAUUUAUGGAACUACAGCUACAUUAGCGGUCGGAAGUAGCACGCAUUCCCCCCCCGCCAGAGGCGUCACUUCCGCCUCCUCAGUAACUAAAGAAAAUGGCGGCCGUCGUGGAGAGAGUUGAUGGAUGUGUUGGAUCGCUGGACCCGGACGAUGUGUCGCUCAGGCAGCCCAGCUCGCUCCAGGAGCAGCCGCACCAGAACAACCCGCUGCUGGGCCUGCCCAUCGUGGCCAUCGAGACCAUCCUGAACUUCCUGUCCUACGAUGAGAUCAGCAUGCUGCGCUCGGUGUGUAAGCGCAUGGACAUGAUCUGCCAGCGUGUGCUGAACCAGGGCUUCCUGAAGGUGGAGCGCUACCACAGCCUGUGCCAGAGACAGGUCAAGGCUCAGCUGCCCAGGCGCGAGUCGGAGAGGAGGAACCACUCGUUGGCCCGCCACGCAGACAUCCUGGCUGCUGUGGAGACGCGCCUCUCCCUGCUCAACAUGACCUUCAUGAAGUAUGUCGACUCCAACCUGUGCUGCUUCAUCCCCGGAAAAGUGAUAGACGAAAUCUACCGCGUGCUGCGCUACGUGAACUCCACCAGGGCCCCCCAGCGGGCUCACGAGGUCCUCCAGGAGCUGAGGGACAUCUCCUCCAUGGCCAUGGAGUACUUUGACGAGAAGAUCGUCCCAAUCCUGAAGAAGAAGCUACCUGGGACCGAUCUGUCUGGACGGCUCAUCGGUUCCGCACCAGUGGCCGGGCCCUCCACCUCCCUGACCACCAUGUCGCUGCUGGCCAAGAACACGCCGUCCCGCUCCGAGAUGACCAAGGUGCAGCAGCAGGUGAAGGUGAACGGGGCGUCCAUGACGGCGCUGCGGCGGGAGCUGCAGGAAGUGCGGGUGAAGCAGCUGGAGCAGCAGAAGCAGCUGCAGGACCAGGAGCAGAAGCUGCUGGAGCAGAGCCAGGUGAUGGGCGAGCAGAACGCCCGGCUGGCCGAGCUGGAGCACAAGCUGCGCGAACUCAUGGACAGCAGCGCUGCCGCCGCCAUGGGGGAGGCCCAGUCCUCCGCUCCCGCCGCCACCGCCGGGUCCGCGGCUACGCCGGCGAGCAGCAGCGCGUCAGCGGCAGCGGCGCAUGGCGGCACGGCGGGCAAGGGCACCUCGUCGCUGAAACGCAGCAGAAAAAGCUCAGACCUCCCACGACAAUCCAAACGGCUGCGCAGCAGGAAGUGACUCGCUGCCUCGUGUAAGUGUCAUAGCCAGUUUCCUGUUUCGACUGACCACACUCCGUAUCCAGUGCCCCACGUCCACCUCCCCCCCCUCACUCACCUUGCAUCACGUGCGCCAUCUCACUCAUGCCGCGAUGUGGACGCGCUCCCGCCGCGUCGGACUCUCCACCAGUGUUCUGAUGGUCAUUGACGUCCAUAGACUCAUGACUGGAGACAGGACAGGACAACAUUGACAUGGUCGACACUAGGACGUCUCCCAGAGAACAGGUUAGGUCCGCUGGUGGUCAGUAGGCUGCAAGACGACACCCAAACGCCACACGAAUACGCCUCCGUUUCACCCAGAGAACCAGAACCCUGUUCACCGGGAGAGCCCUGCUGGUGUGUGUGGACUUUUCAAGCCCUGUCCUCAUUAUGUGUUCAAUCAGGUCCACUUCCUCCUGUGGACAAUCCACAGUACAGGUCCCAAUAGUCGACAGUGCUAGAAGCCCCGCCCCCUACUGGUGUGACCCAGUCAGCGCAGCCAGUAAGCAAACUCCUAACCGGCUCCACCAGGAUGUCCCUCAGCGUGUUGAAGACAUCGUCCACUCGGUCCAUGACCCUUCUGACGCUCAUUCCCCUCUAGAGGGCGCUACUGAAGGUAGAGGUAGCUUGUUUGAGGUUCCUGUUAAAGCAGAGACCGCUCAGCUUUUUAUUUUAUUUUUUGUUUGUAUUAUUAUUAUUAUUAUUACAUUUUUUAAUGAAGUAACAUUUCAGCAUUAUUCCAGCUUCACACCAUGUGACCCUCGGCUGCAGCUUGAUGCGAGGCGUCCUCAGAAGCUCCUUCAUUGCCCAAACUCUCCGGUCUUUGCAGAUAAACCCCAUAAUUCAUAGUCCAGCUUCCUUCGCUCUAGGGGCAAGCUGGUAACCAUGCCAACAUUUUAGGUUUUCUAAAGCCACUAAAAGGUUCCUGCAGGUGAAUCUCCAGAGAGAGAACCACACUGAUCAGAGUCCUGUCCAGCUCAGUGGGGGCAUGAAGCGGCCUCUCCCCAACAUGUUGCUGGCUCAAAGUAGAAUUACCAACUGGAAAUAGUUCUGGGGGAAGCAGAGCGCCACCUAUCUUUCUUAAGGUAACAGUUUUUAAACGACAGCUGGCGAGCUGUUGAAGAUGAGAAAUCUAUAUUUUUAUUUAAAAUCCUACGUUAUUGACUGGAUUAUUAACAACUGCAAUAAUAAACGGAUCAUUUCGGCAGCAGCAGGAAUAAAGCGAAGCCGUCUGUGGUUGUAACGGCGCUGGGUAGAAUCAUGUUUUCGAUUUCUGUUAGAAAUGCAAUAUCAUCCGCCUGCUAUGAUCAUAUCUGGCAUGUCCAGCUCACCCACCUCAGUAGGUGUCCUGUGUGUAACGUGUCCGAAGGGUUCAGACCCAGUUUUAAAGCUAAUAAGUGAAACUGAAGGAUAUCAUGAAGGUUCGGUUCGGCGCCGGGGCUCACCCAGAGGAAGAAACCGACGUCGACAUCAUCAUGCAACCUGAGCACCGCCCAACACGACGGUCGUCUCUUUAAAGGUCAGGUCUCCGUUCUCCUUUAAAUUCCUGGGAGAGAAAAGGUUCGAGCUUUUUGGUUCCUCCCAUUAAGAAACCACACAGAAAUAGAGUCUAGUAGAAAGCAGCCCACGGAAGACCCAGAGGAUCAUGUUUAUGCUUGUACUUUCCCUUUCAGUCCUAGUGAAAACAGAAGCUGUGAGUGGUUUGCAGUGAUGACGGAGGAGCUGCAGGUGCUCAUGGUGAGCAAGGUCUCUCUCUCUGCUGCUCUCCUGUACAAACUCUCCUGCCUGGAGCUCCUAGCUUACCUGUGAAGUCAUCGUGUGGCUACUUUUCUUUCUUUCUUUCUAAGCGUUUCUGUUGUUUGGACGAGCCGAACCACUCCUGGCAUGACUCUUUGGAAAUGCACUUGUGCGUAUAAUAGUAACACUGGGCUGCAGAACAUGCAAUGUAAUCUAGUGGCUUAUAAUGAGAGAACUUGUACUGUAAUCUUCAUGUUCUUUAAGAUGUAGAUUGUCAAUGAUUUCAUGUUUGUAAACAAAGAAACUUAUCUUUUAAGUUGGCCAGUUUGGGCCUGACUAUGAAGUUUUGUUGCACAUAUUACUGUUAUGAUGUUUAAACCAAACCUAUUAAAUCUCUACAGCUGUUCAGCUCACUUUCUGGUUUUUGUACUAACUAAUAAAUCUUCACAUAGGCUCUCGGUGAGGGAGAAUAGUUCAGUUUGGACACACUGACACACACACACACCCACACACACACACACAUCACUUGUCUAUAGAUGGAUUAUAGUUGCAGUGAGCUGGAACCAGAACCAAAAAAAUCAUUAAAUUAAAAAUGCAUAAGUUACUUAGAUUUAAAAAAAAAAAAUUAAAUUAUUAUUUUUUUUAGUUUUACUUACUCAACAAACUACACUUUUAUGAAUCUGUUUAUCUUUGAACAGGGUUUCCCCCAGUGUGUAAUAAGCCUGGUGAGCCACCAGACUAAGCAUUAAUUAUUUAUUUAUGACUGUUUAAAAUGUUUGCAUUGCACGUUGCAAGACUUUAUUGUUGGUGUUCAGGUAUUAAUCUUCACAUUUCCUGUCAAUUUUAAACAUUUUUUUCAACUCAAAAACACGACGGGCUGCUGGAUGAACGACUGGCCUCGCGCACAACCACCGGGCUUAACAAGAAACCUUGUUUAAGAUCCAAAACACAAAAAAACUGUUGCCUUAUUAAAAGGAAAGACAGACCAUUUCCAAAUUUUGGGAUCAUCAACUGUUUUUUUUCUUUCUUAUUUUGUUGGCCAAAUUAUUACCACUCCUGACUUCUACUCAGAGGCCACAAAUGAACGCCUGCUGUCAUUUGUUGUUUCUUUUCUUUCUCCUCCUUUGGAUGCCCAUAACUAUAUGUACAAUAACAAAAUCCCUUCUAGUUAGUUUUCGGUAACUUAAGUUCUCAUUAUUUUUACUGCAUUUUCUUUAUAUAUAUAAAUAUAUUUGCAUUUAUUUGAAGUAAAUACUUUAGAAUUACCGUUUGAGAGAUUAUAAAGCUAUCUGUACUUAGCUUUAUGUAUCUUAUUGUAUUCUAACUAUUCAUGUAGACCUUUGUUGUGCUGCCGGGUUCUGUUUCAAUAUUGAUUUUCAACCUAUUGUAAAUUCUCAUAUGUGGAAUGGAAUUCAAAUUCAAUUCAAAAAUACUUUGUUAAUCCCAAAGGGAAAUUAAAUGUUGUUGUAGCUCAUUAA